AUGAGUGAGAUCUUGCCUGUUCUAGUAGAGGAGAUGAUGUAUGCCUUUCAACGUGAGCUUCCUGCCUCAGAAGAAUGGCAGCCAGUUCCAACAUUUGAGAAGGCAUUGCGCAUUAUUGGACUUGUUUCAGGAAGAAUUAAUGUUGGGCUGCCAUUAAGUCGCAAAUGGAUUGAUCUCUAUAGCCAGCACCCAGUUGAAAUGUUCUCAGCCAUUUCAUCUAUAUCCCGGUGGCCUGCUUUCAUGCGCCCGAUAAUACAAUAUGCGUGCCCCGAACUUAGACGAAUGCGCAAAAUAAGAGCUCAAAUGACAGAUCUGCUUGUCCCUGAACUCGAGGCUCAGCAUAAAGGACAGUUCAAACAGAAUACCAUGCUUGAAUGGGUGUGGAAAAACUCUGCCGCAAGUGACAGGUCAACUGAGACACAAAGUUUGAUCCACAUAUUAGUUACUGUGCCCGGUACUUAUACUGUCUCCUUUGCAGUGGCCCAAUGCAUGUUUGACCUCGCAGCCCACCCGGAAUAUAUUCCAAUUUUGAGAGAGGAGUUUCAGUUUAUUCACGACUCAUGUGGUUGCGGAGGUCUGACUAAAGAGGCAUUUAAAAAGAUGACAAAACUGGACAGCUUCAUAAAAGAGUCCCAGAGGCUCAGUCCACUAGCCAUGGUGUCAUUUGAGAGAAAGACGUUGGAACCACUUACUCUUUCUGACGGAACCCAUAUUCCUCAGGGCUCCCAUAUUGCAGCACCCUCGUUCCAUAUUGGCCAUGACCCAAAGUACUAUGAAAAUCCCGACGAGUUUGAUGGCCUACGUUUCCACAACCUGCGGGAGAAAGAGGGUGGUGGUAAGCACGAAUAUGUCUCUGUCAAUGAGACUUCUCUCCAUUUCGGAUAUGGCCUACAGGCCUGCCCUGGUCGGUGGUUUGCAGCGAUUGAGAUCAAAUUAUUCCUGGGAUUCUUGUUGAUAGGAUAUGAUCUCUCUCUCGCCACUGUAGCCGAGGGACGUCCAAAAAGCGCAAUUGAUAGGUUCUUUCUCUACCCGGAUCCAGCCAAAAUGCUUGUGAUACGGAAGAGGAAGAUUAAUUAA